AUGUCUAGGGCAGAGGAGCAACCGUCGUCGGAUCCAAUUACGUCACUUCCCGAGGACGUCGCCUUUGACAUCUUAGCGCGUGUACCUAGACGCGACUAUCCAAGAGUCUCCCUCGUUUCGAAACUCUUCCGCUCACUCAUCGUUUCGUCGCCUGAGAUAUUAUACGCGAGACGAUCUUCGUCGGGUUGCGCUGAACACUGUCUCUAUGUUUCAGUCCGUAACCUCGUCAACGGCGUUGACCGUUUUUAUACUCGCAGCAUCGGCCACUACCACCGCUUGGUCCUCAUCCCUGGGCUUCCCGUUUUGCCUCGCCGUGGAAGCGUUGUGGCAGUAGGUUCGAUGAUAUACGUGUUUGGUGGGUUUUACGUUGAUGACUGGAAGGUGACAUCGAGUGCUUUCAGCAUCGACUGUAGAUCUCAUACUGUUCAACCCCUCCCAAACAUGCCUUUACCCAUGUGUGAUACAGUCGCUUACUAUAUGGAUGGGAGGAUCUACGUUAUUGGACCUGAAGACUUAACCUCAGAGUCAAAGAAGGUGGUGGUGGUGUUCAAUACCGAAACACAAACGUGGAUGACGACGACGACAAAGCCAGCAGGGAUGGAGAUACGUAACUUGAGGACGGAUGAGGUGCUGAUGGGUGGUAAGAUGUACAUGAGGGAUCGUCGGAAGAGCUUUGUUUACGAGCCAAAGGAAAGUAAAUGGGAAACGGACGAGGUGCUGGCUUCCAAGGAGUGGGGGAGGGCGUGUGGCGUUGAUGAUGUUUUGUACUAUCACGAUUCUGGUAAGAACGAGUUAAGAUGGUAUGACCCGAAGCAGAGGUGUUGGGGAGUGGUGAAAGGCGUGGAAGCCUUGUUGGCUGAGACGCUUGUUUUUGGGUAUAUACACUGCGUGUGUUACGGUGGGAAGCUGGUUUUGUUGUGUCCUAAAGGAGGUAGGAGUGAGGAUCAAGUAAGGACGGAGGUUUUUUUUGCUGAGAUUUUUUUGGAAAGACGCAAAGGAGGUCAGAUGUGGGGUGAAGUUGCUCACUCGUGUGAUCUUGGUUUGACUGUUCCUGGUGGUAAAUUUAACAUUAUGAAACCUCUUGUUGUUGUGGUUUGA